GGCGAGGCGCUCCUGCUGCCCCAGGUGGUGGUGCUGCCAAUGGGCUUCAGCUGGGCCUUGCACCUCUGCCAGACGGUGCUGGAGGCAUCGCUGGGCCGCGCUGGUUUCCCUCAGAGUGACCUCAUCCUUGACGGCCACUGCGGCUGCCAGCUCACGAGCACCCUGGACUCGGUCGCGGGCGCCGGCUACGUGGACAACUACUUCGUCCUCGGCGGCUCCCCAAAGACUGUGAGCGAGCGGCUGCAGGCCGUCACCGACGACCUGACGCGCCACGGGCUCGCCGUGCACGAGCUCGAGGCGCCCUCCCAGGAUCGCGACUUUCUGGGGCUAUCGCUGCGCGAGGGGCGCUGGCUGAGCCUCAAGACGCGCAACAUCUGGCGGCUGCGCGCGGCUAUUCGCGCCACGCUCAGGAGGCAAGUCGUCAGCGGCUUCCUGCUGCGCGUUCUGACCGGCCAUAUCACCUGGGCGCUGCUGCUGCGCAGAGAGUUGCUGUGCAUCCUCGGGGCCACCUACGCCUACGUCGAGGCCACUGGGCCAGUCGCGGCGCCGCUCUGGCCCGCGGUCCGUCAUGAGCUCCAGCUAGUCCACGACCUGCUGCCGCUCUGUACUGUUGACCUUGGCGCCCCGUGGCACGGGCGGGUUGCUUGCGCAGACGUCUCGCCAUUUGGGCUGGGCGUUGUUGCUCGUCGCGCCCCAAAGGACCGUGUGGGCGCCAUUGGGAGAGUCACUGAAAAGUGGAGGUACAAAGUCGAGGGAGGUGCGCAGGCAAGGCGUAGGACGAUCGGGAUCAACGGUGAUAGCUCGUCCGAGCACUUGGGGGGCCUCGAGGGCCACUUCGGGGUGAGUACUCAGCUCGUCAGGGAUGGCAUCGCCGAGGGCCUGCCGUUCGAGGGCGUCUUGGGUGAGGCCUCUGAGGGCCUGGUCGAGCCGCAGCUCCCGAGGGCUCCUGGGGACACCUACAAGUCGAUCAUGGACAUGAGGCCCGUCGUGGACUUCGACGAGGCGGGCUGCUCGCACGUGCGGCGGCUUGUGCUGGUGCUGGCGCUGGCCCAGGCUGCAGCAGCGGCUCGCCGCUCGGCCGUCCCGGCGCCCUUGGCGCUCCGGGCCGAGCGUGCGGCCCCUGCGCGGGCGCUGGCGGUGGAGACGACGGCGGUGGCGAGGCUCUCGCUGCUCGAGCGGCUGGCGGCGAGGAGCUCGACGGCUCGUCGCUACCGGGAGGCCCUCGCCAGCUUCGUCGACUUCUGUGUCGCGCGCCGCCUGGACUGGGCGACGCACUCGGGCCUGGGCGAGGCGCUGGUGCUGUACAUGCACAGCGAGUUCCUCCUCAGCGGCGGCGGCACUCAGGGGGGCGUCCUCUUGGCGGCGGUGGCGUACUUCCUCGGCUCGUUCCACAAGGGGGCCUCGCUUCUACUGCCGAGGGCUCACCGCGCAGCUGCGGCGUGGGCGCGGUGCUCGCCUGCUCGCGCCCUGCUGCCACUGCCGCGUCGCGUGGUGCUCUCCUUGGCGGGCCUCCUGGUCCACGACGGGUUCCCACGGUUGGCCAUUUGCAUCCUCGUCAUGUUCGCCUCGUGCCUCAGGACUGGCUGGACGGCGGAGCUGCGCGGGCGGCAUCUGAUGUCUCCGUCGGUGGCGGCGGGCGCCGGCUACCAGUCCCUCGGGCUGUUCCUGCACGAGAGUGGACAGGAGCCAGGCAAGACAGGCGUGAACGACGUGAGCAUCCUCUUCAAUCGGGAGGCUGGGCUCAACCCGCUGCUUCACGCUCGGAGGCAGUCCACAGCGUCGUCGGAGCCGCGGUGGGACCUGGAGGUGGGCCGACUGGGCGCGCUGUUCGUACAGGAGACCAAGCUCUUGGACGAGCUCGCCCGGAUCCCGUCCAAGGUGAUGGAGCUCGGGGCCUUCGUCGAGAGCAACCUGGAGCCGCCGGUCGGCGGCCGCCUGCCCAGCUGGCUAGCGACUG